ACCUCGGGCGCGGUGCAUCGUGGGAAAACCACCAUAUUAGGCGGAAAGUCGAGUUAACCCACACGCGGCUGUUCUUUCGGCACAAUUAUUAACCUGAAAUGGCCCGAUCGUGUUGUGUGAGAGGCUGCCAGUCCCGGCAUGGCAGAUCGGGGGACGAAGGAAUCCGUUUUUUCCGUUUUCCAACCUGGAAACGAUCACACGGACCUCAAUUGGAGGAAAUAACAAAGAGACGUCGCAUGGCCUGGCUUUCAGCAGUGAGGAGAAAGGAUCUCAUUUUCAACAAAACAUUCCCCCACAUGUGUGUUUGUUCUCGGCACUUUCAUAAAGGUGAGCCAGCUUAUGAGAUGAUGGAGAGUGACCCAGACUGGGCCCCAUCCUUACAUCUUGGACACACGUUUAUCAAACCAACAGACCCUGGUCGCUCUGCCAGACGAAGGGCACGGGAGCAGACACGGAAACAGACCCUUCAGUCAGCAGAGACAGGCAUACACCAGGAUGUAAACACUGACGGGCUACAGACCGAGGAGACAUGUGAUGCUGAAGAAGGAAAUGGUCAGCUGGAGGUUGGAAAGGAUGGAGAAAAAAACCCUCAGCAGGAGAUCAGAGAGGAUGGAGAAGAAAACCAAGAACACCCUCAGCAGGAGAUUGGAGAAGAAAACCCUCAGCUGAUCACAAACAAGGAGGUGCAGAACCCCACUGAAACUGUGACUCAGCCUGAAUGUGACCUGUGUGUGCUCAGGCGUGCAGAGGUCAACCGCCUGACAGAAGAGAAUAUAGAACUGCGACGCAAACUUAAUGAGAACAUGAUAUCCGAUAGUUUCUUUGGAGCUGAUGAUGAAAAAGUAAAGUAUUACACUGGUCUGCCAAACCUUGCAACCUUCCUGGACUGCACAAAGAACAUUUCAUGA